AUGCCAGUAAUUAACAAUGCUUGUAUACAUACGGGGGCUCUUAAACGUGGAAAAAGUACUAUAGUUACUUCAAUCCCAUAUCCAAAGAUUAAUGACAAUCAAAUUUUGAUUAAAGGUGUUGCAUAUGCAGCUAAUCCUACUGAUUGGAAGCACAUUGCUGUUAAUUGGGGAAAUGAAGGAGCAAUUGCAGGUUCAGAUGUUAGUGGAUUUGUUGCAGAAGUUGGAAUUAAUGUUGUGGGAUUUGAAAUUGGUGAUAUAGUUUCAUCCUUUAUGCACGGAAAUUUCACAGGCACUAGAGGGGCGUUUAGUGAUUAUGUUGUUGCUGAUGUAAAUACUACAAUUAAAUAUGAUAAAUCUAACUUCAAUUCACAGGCUCUCGACGAGGGAGAUCAUGCGUCGGACUUUAUAAGUACAUUCGAGGGGGCUGCUUCAGUUACGUUGGGGCUUUGUACAAUUGGCGUUUCAUUUCAUUAUCAUCUUGGAAUUAAAACCGAUAAGAAAACCAAUUCAUCUAAAUACAUUCUAAUUUGGGGUGGAGCUACAGCGACAGGAAUUUUAGCCAUUCAAAUAGCCAGCCUCGUGUAUGGUUUGAAGGUUAUUACCACUGCAGCCCCCGAUCAUCAUGACUUCUUAAGAUCAUUGGGUGCCGAUGAAGUAUUUGAUUACCAUGAUUCUAAUGUUGUUAAGCAAAUAAAGAAAGUUGGAGGUUCUAGUAUUCACUAUGCUUUAGAUACUGUUUCAGAUAUACAGACCUUCCAAUCUGUUUAUGAUGCUACUGCCGAUACCAAAGAAGUCGCUAUUGACAACUUGCUUUUCUUGAAAUUGGAUGAAUCUAAGAUGGACCCGUCAAGAAAAAUCAAGUCAAGCUCUACAUUAGUGUUUCUUGUAGAUGGCACAGAAAUGAACCUAGACGGUUUAAUUAUUCCUCCAGAUAUGGAAUUAGUGGACGCUUACAAUGAAUUCUGGUAUAAUAUUCUUCCCCCCUAUAUCUCAAAGAUAAAACACGCUGAUUUGAAAGUUUUGAAGCCUGGUUUAGAAUCCGCUAAUGAAGCUUUGGACUUGUUAAGAGAGAAUAAAAUUAAGGGCCAAAAGAUUGUUUUUAGAUCUACUGCUUAG